UUUGUGCGUUCUGAGGAGACGAUAUAAUGUAACAGAGGUGUCAGUGUUUGUUCCUUCUACGGAGCUUAGAAGACGGGCCUGGGAACGGCGGCUUUCAAGAAUGAUGACAGACGCGAGUGAGAUGUUGGCCGCAGCCUUGGAGCAAAUGGAUGGGAUUAUAGCUGGAUCCAAGGCCCUGGAGUAUUCCAAUGGCAUUUUUGAUUGCCAAUCACCAACCUCGCCCUUCAUGGGGAGCUUACGAGUCCUCCAUCUUAUCGAGGAUCUACGAGGAAUGCUGGAAAUGAUGGAUACAGAUGAGAGGGAUGGUCUGAGGUGUCAAGUGCCAGACUCCACCGCCGAGACCCUGGUGGAGUGGCUUCAGAGCCAGAUGGUUAAUGGACAUAUCUCAGGUACUGCUGACAUCUACCAGGAGCGUCUGGGCCGCCUGGAGAAUGACAAGGAGUCACUAGUGCUGCAGGUGAGCGUGCUGACUGACCAGGUAGAAGCCCAGGGUGAAAAGAUACGAGACCUGGAGUUCUGCCUAGAGGAACACAGAGAAAAGCUUAAUGCUACAGAGGAGAUGCUGCAGCAGGAACUCCUGAGCAGAACUACACUAGAGACACAGAAACUUGAUCUAAUGGCGGAGAUUUCUACUCUGAAACUGAAGCUGACUGCGGUGGAAAAUGAUCACACGGACUUUGAGGACAAAUACAAAGACACAGAGGGCCUGAUGCAGGAAAUGAACGAGCUGCGACAUAGAGUGGUGGAAAUGGAGAAUGAAAGGACUCUAUAUGAGAAGAAGCUCAAAUCCACCAAGUCUUUAAUGGCCAAGCUUUCUAGUAUGAAAAUCAAGGUGGGUCAGAUGCACUAUGAGAAGCAGCGGAUGGAGCACAAGUCCCAGACCAUAAAGGAUGAGCUCGAAAUGUUGAAGGAAGAGCUGGAGAUGAAGGAAGCCGACAUAAGGAGGUUGCAAGAGAAUGUGAACGCCCCCCUGGGGACAGAGAACAAAGGGACAAGUGACAGAGAUAUGGAAGUGCAGAAAAUGAAGAAAGCUGUUGAGUCGCUGAUGGCCGCUAAUGAAGAGAAGGACAAGAAGAUUGAGGAACUCAGACAGGCUCUGAACAGGUACAAGAAAGUCCAGGACAUGGUGGUCAUGGCACAGGUGAAGGAUGUGGAAAGUGACGAUUCGGUGAUCUCAGGCUCGAAUUCUCUGGUGCUUGAUGGCAAUGCGUUCAGUGACAUGGAUAAGUCUCCGUCUCCUCCCCCUUUGUCGUUCACUCCGAGCCCGGAAGAAGUGCCUGCGAGCCCCAAUCUGAAUGUGGAAGUACAUACAAGUGUCCUGCAAGUUUCCAUCCCAUCGUUUACAGCAGCCACAAAUUUUCAAAAGCAAGCCGAUGUCACGAAAACCGUUAAAAAGGAGGAACCCUCCUCUCCGGUCACGAGGUCUCCUAUACAGAAGUCAAGCAGUUUAGACAAUCUGAAGAAGACGCCAGAAAAGAAGCCAACUUCUUCAGAUUCCGGAAAGUUUGAAACCCUCCCGCCGAGACCCCCUGGACACAGCACCGGAGGGGAAGAGGAGGUAUUUGGCACCCGUAAAGCCAGAUCGUCGUUCGGCCGCGGGUUUUUCAAACUGAAAACCAACGCGAAGAAAACCGCCAGCACGCCGAAUCUAGCGGAGACAGAAAAGGGGUCUGCGGACGCCCUGGACCUGGCGGUGUCCUCCCCACGUUCACCAGAUGCAGGAAGCACCCAUAGCUCUCCGUCUUCACCGGAUUCCAAAAAGAAACCUCGAGGAAUAAAAAAGCUGUUCGGGAGGCUGAAGAGAAGUCAGUCUACCACGUUAAACCAAGAUGAAGACUUCCCGGAGGAGGAGUUCACGAGAGGAGGGACCAGAUCCACCGCUGGGCCAAGAUUGGGCUGGUCCAGAGAUCUUGGUCAAUCACACAGUGAUUUGGACACGCCGUUUGCCAAGUGGUCGAAGGAGCAAGUGUGCAACUGGCUGAGGGACCAAGGGCUGGGAAGCUAUGUGAACAGCUGCAAGCAAUGGAUCGUCUCGGGGCAAACACUACUGCAUGCAUCCCAGCAAGACCUGGAGAAGGAACUGGGUAUUAAACACCCAUUACAUCGGAAGAAGCUUCAGCUGGCUCUGCAGUCCCUGGGAUCUGAAGAUGACAGUAACUAUGGGAAAUUGGACUACAAGUGGGUCACACGGUGGCUGGACGACAUAGGGCUCCCUCAGUACAAGACGCAGUUUGAUGAGGCGAAGGUCGAUGGACGAAUGCUGCAUUAUAUGACAGUGGAUGAUUUGCUGUCUUUGAAAGUUGUCAGCGUCCUUCACCACCUCAGUAUUAAACGUGCCAUACAAGUCCUGCGAAUCAACAGCUUCGAACCCAACUGCCUGCGCAGGAGACCCUCCGAUGAGAGUAACAUUACUCCCUCCGAGGUAGCCCAGUGGACCAAUCACCGAGUCAUGGAGUGGCUGCGCUCUGUGGAUUUAGCAGAAUAUGCCCCUAACUUGAGGGGUAGCGGGGUACACGGCGGACUUAUGGUGCUUGAGCCUCGGUUUAAUGUGGAGACAAUGGCGCAGCUGCUGAACAUCCCGCCGAACAAAACCCUCCUACGGCGACACCUGGCAACCCACUUCAACCUCCUGGUGGGUCAGCAGUCGCAGCUGCAGAAACAGGAAGCGCUGUCAGCUCCAGAAUACGUGUUGUUGACAGCAACAGCCAAAGUCAAGCCGAAGAAACUGGCCUUUAGCAACUUUGGAACAUUGCGGAAGAAGAAGCAAGAGGAAAACGAGGAGCAUGUGUGUCCGAUGGAGCUCGGGCAGUCUUCUGCCAACAACAUCAUCAAACCUUUCCGGGGCGGCCUUGACCUCCGAAUGUUGGACGAGGAGGACUUGGAUAGACUGGAACAGAUGGAAGAUUCAGAAGGAACAGUGAGACAGAUUGGGGCGUUUUCAGAAGGCAUCAACAACCUGACACACAUGCUGAAAGAAGAUGAAAUGUUCAAAGACUUCUCCGCCAGAUCGCCGAGCGCCAGUAUUACAGAUGACGACUCGAACGUGUGACAAAUAUGCAAUCGCCUGUAACUUUUUUUUUAUUGUGUCAAAGUAUAUAUAUUUUUUUUUUUUUUCAGAUACUGAAUUUAAUUCACAGUGUUCAGGUGGAAGUGGAGAAUAAGUGCCUUUUCUUUAAAG